AUGGUCAAUUAUUUCAAGUUUUAUUUUUCUAAGUUUAAUUUUUCAAGUUUAUUUUCCAAGUUUAGCUAUUUCAAGUUUAUUUUCUAUGUAUCUAUGUAUUCAAGUUUUAUAUCUUUCAAGUUUAUUUUGUUUAGGAUUAUUUUUAUGUUAAAUUUCAAGUUUAUUUAUCAUUCCUUUACAAGUUUAUUUAUUCAAAUUUAUUCAAGCUUUUUUCCAAGUUUUAAUUUAAAGUUUAUUUUUAUUUCUUUAUCGUCUACAUCUUAUUUCUUUUUUCUCAUUCAAUUUUCAGUUCAAGUUUAUUAUUUUUAA